UAUGGGUGUAGACAACAUGCCCUCGUUUUCCAGCAAGAGGGGCAAAACCUUCCUAUACUGGAAUUCUCCUCAGAAGAAUUGAAGAACUGGGUGCUGGAGGAGAAAUCUUAGUUCAGUUCAGGAAAACUCUGCUCUCUUUCUAACAAAAUGCCAUCCAGGCGAAAAUCCUUGCUGUUUGCCUCUGCUUUUUUCACCAGCAUGUGCUCUUUUGUGAUUGUUUGCAUUGUUCUUGCAACUAAAAACUGGGUGUCAAGUGAGAUUACCCAGUCCGAAGAAAAUUCCAGUAUGAAGCUAAUAAUUACAUAUGGACUUUUCCAAGGAGUUUGCUCAGAUAAAUCUGGUGGAAUUAGUUCGCCACGCACCGAGUUUCAAGUUACAGAUGAUCUAGAAAAUACUACUAUGAAGACUUUCAAUGGUGUGAUUAUAUUUCUGCUGGUUUUUACUUUGCUCAGUUCCUUCCUUAGUUCUGGAUUUACCUGCUACAAUGCCAUUAGCAACCCAUACCAAACGUUUUUGGGUCCCAUUGGAGUUUAUACCUGGAAUUCUAUAUCUGGUAUCUGCUGUCUUCUAAACCUAAUAUUGUUUGCAGUGAAUGUGGAAAUAAACAAACUGUCUACUGAGCUGGCCAUCAAACAAUGCAAUUUUUUCACAGACCUUGAACAAACCAACACAUAUGGAUAUUCAUACUGGAUUAUGCUUCUUAUAAUUGCCCUCAAUGCCACAACUAUUAUCAUCAUUGUUUUCUACCAACGUGCAAAGUAUUCUAAGAAGAAGGAACGAGAAAGACCUUUGGACAGUGCACCAAAGGAUGGUAUUUUAUUUUAAUGUGAUUAUUUCUUCUACUUUAAGCAAAACUAAGCAAUAUUCUAUUUCAAGAUAAAGUGUGCAAUUACAUGCACAUGAAGCUUACUGGCUUAUGUAGUAUCAUGAGAUACAAGGGAAAUGAAGAAUAAAAUAUAAAGAUAAUAUAA